AUGGCCAAACAUACUCUUGAUGAUGCUAAACAAAUUGCUCUCACUCGGGGUGGUAAGUGUCUUUCAACAGAAUACAAAAAUAAUAAAUCUCCUUUAUUAUGGAUCUGUAAAAAUCAGCAUAAAUGGUAUGCAAAAUUUGAUAAUAUUGUGAAUAAAUGCUCAUGGUGUCCGUAUUGUAGUAAGUAUAAACGUGAAAAUCUAUGUCGUCAAAUCUUAACAAAAUAUUUGGGCCCUCCAUCAGAAAAUCGUAAGCCUGAUUUCUUAAAAACACCAGAGCAUUCAAUGGGGCUACAACUUGACAUUCCUUAUUAUCACUAUGGUUUUGCAAUCGAAGUACAAGGAGAACAGCAUGAUAAAUAUAUAGAAUUCUUUCAUAGAGGAGACCCGAAUAAUUUCAUCAGACAGCAAGAAUUAUGCAAAGAAAAUUGCAUCGAACUAAAAUAUGUUUGGUAUUACGAAGAUCUGCAUAUAGUUAUUCCAGAGUAUCUUCGAGAAUUGGGUCUUAUACAGUAG